UAACUGCAGUAAAGUUCAACAARGGGCUGUAGGGGAGGAAAGUCAGACUGGCAGCUGCAGAUAUAUUUUAUUCAGGUUUACAGAGUUCAUGUUUAUUCRGCCUCUGUGUGGAGAUCCUUCCGGUUAAAACGCGCUGUCUCUAGCAGCUGGAGUUUUAUUUUUUGGAAGCCUGAACUCGUACCGCGAAGAUGGGAAUUCUCUGAUUGAGGAAGGGUGUCGUUCUCGGUUUUGGAUGAUGAUUUUUUUGUGGUGAAACCUCCAAAGAAAUCAGCUGGUUUGASUGUACUCUCAGGGGAGGAGCGGCUGACAAUGGGGCCCUUCACUACGCCUAAAAAGGGAAGGGAAGUAGUUUCUGUCGAUCCCUGGACACCAACCUCCAACCUUAAAAUGCUCAUCAGUGCUGCUAGUCCUGAGAUCAGGAACAGAGAGAAAGGGCUGUGUGUGGACCACGAUGAACGGGACGGUCUUGACCCCACGCAGGACUCUGAAAAUGGAGACGAGUCUGAGAAAAUGAUAAGCAGAAAAGACAAGAGUCUGGGAUUGCUCUGUCACAAGUUCCUYGCCCGAUACCCAGAUUAUCCCGACUCAGACCUCAGAGACAUCUGCCUGGAUGAUGUGGCCACUGAGCUCAACGUGGAGCGUCGGCGCAUCUACGACAUCAUGAACGUGCUGGAGAGCCUCCACAUGGUGAGUCGCUCAGCCAAGAACCGCUACACRUGGCACGGCCGGGCCAAGCUGGCCGAGACGCUGGCCAUCUUGAAGCAGGUGGGCGAGGAGCACCGGUACGGCCAGCAGAUGCAGCACAUCCGGCAGCGCGGCCUGGACGGAGACUUCGACGGGGAGGAGAAGGAGAACCAGACGGUGGUCCGAGCGGACAGCGUGGAGCAGGGUCAGAAAGAGCUCUUCUUUGUGGAGCUUCCAGGAGUUGAGUUCAAAGCAGCCUCUGUUAACAGCAGAAAAGACAAAUCUCUGCGGGUGAUGAGCCAGAAGUUUGUCAUGCUCUUUCUGGUGUCAAACCCACGUGUGGUCAGUCUGGAUGUGGCUGCUGAGAUCCUGAUAGGAGAGGACCAGGUUGCAGAUCAAGACAAGAACAAGUUCAAGACUAAAGUGCGGCGGCUGUACGACAUCGCUAAUGUUCUGCGAAGCCUGAAGCUCAUCGARAAAGUCCACGUGAUCGAGGAGAGAGGAAGGAAGCCGGCCUUUGAGUGGAUCGGCCCUGAAGAGUUUCCACCAGUUCAAGACUCGCCAAACCUCUCCUUCAGAUGCCCCUCCAAGAAGAAAAAAGGACACGAGGCCUGUGCUUCUGUAGAGAACUGUGCCAAAAACCUCUUUUCCACAUCGGGKGGCAAACGCAAAUUCACCCGACACCCCUCCCUCAUAAAGCUCGCCAAGAGCAUUCAGGACGACCGACGCAAGAUCAACUCUGCCCCCAGCAGUCCUGUCAGAUGUGCUCUUAGCGAUUCGUCUAACUCAGACGUUCCAAACAAAAUGGCUCAGCUUGCUGCUAUUUGUAAACUUGAACUUGACCACGGAUCAAAGCCCAGAGAARGUCUCAGAUCUGCUGCUACUGGAGGAGUGCCAGCAGCUAAGUGGUUACAACCAGCUUCUCAUUCCUUAAACCAACCAAGGGAUCCUGUGUCCACACCAGCCCAGGAACCUGRAGCCAACACUGUCCACCUAACCCCMCGGACACCGCUGACAGGACAGUCCACAGGCUCCGUCACCCUCCUCCCCGCACAGUGUUCCUCCCUGAUCCCCGUGCUGCUGCCCCAGCAGCGGGGKGGCGGACCCUACGCGGUGUACGUGCACCCUUCGUCCCUCAGGUCGAACCCUCUGUCCAGGCCGCUGCCAUCGAGCCUCGCCGUGCGCUCCAUGACAUUUGAGGACAAGAUGGGGCAGAGUCCCUCUGCAGCUCAAAGCCAGCCGGUCUCCACUGACGACAGUCCUUGUCUGUUUAAACGCCAACGCUCGGAUUCUGCUUCAGAGAGCAGCCCCUCCAAAGCCAAGAAGUCGGACCCUAGCUUUAAGGACACGUCUCCAAAGCUCUGCGAGAUCCUGCAGGCCCGUCUGAAGGCACGCCGCGGCGGUCCGCUUACCAGUCGUCCCUCGCCUCGCGCCCUCCACCUGGACCCAGAGUUUGUGAACGCCCCUGAGAGCUCCGGAGCCAAUCAGACGCUGGAGCAGAGCUUGGAGAACCUUCUGGACAGAGAGGACAAGGCCGCAAACUCUGACAGUGAGGCAGGUUUCACGCCGGUCCGAGCGGUUCCCCUCACAGCUGGACAAAUCCACGCUGAGACUUUAGUACCAGCUGGAUACUUGAUCCCAAUCUCCCAGCAGUCCCUCAUCGGCUACAAGGAAGUGCAAAGUUCAGGAGGAGAGAGCAACAAGGUCUCUCCUACUUACAUGUACCAAACCCCAACUCCAGGAUCCCGACCAGCUGCCUCCUUCCAGGAGGUGACCCCCACCAAUCCCGGUCUAAACAAACCUGCCGCCUCUCCGCACGCCGCCCAGCAGUCCCACCGACUCCUCAGCCCGAGUCCCGCCAUUUUGAACUUUACCUUGCAGAACCUGGGUCUGAUCUCCAACCCCAACUCUGUUAACGCCUUCGCAGCUCCGCAGACUCCGGAACAAAGCAACACUCUGCCRAGCCCUCUGGCUCUGCAGCACAGAGGCAUGGUUUUCAUCAAACCCGUGUCCCCCGUGUCCGUCCAACACACAGUACCUGGACAGCCAAUGACCCUGAUCAGUGUGCAACAGCCUCUGAUGACGACCCCCAAAGGGACCAGACUCCCCCAGCACAGCUUCUUUCACACGCCAGUCCCCGUCUCACCUCUGGCUGCAGUGGUAACCACCAACGGACUCCCRGCCACUAAAACUGUACCCAUUCCUCAGAGGAAGCUGGACAUCUCCACUGAGGACUCCUGAUGGGGACCCCCCUCCUGGGGUCUUGUGUAAACCUGUGGGUGAAUGUGUGGUCGAGGGUCUUUGUGUGUUUUAGUAUUUUACAGUAUUCAUUACCUCUGAACAUUUCACAGCUUCCUCAUGGCAUUGCUGAUACCAAGCUCUGAAAAUAGCUGCCUUGCGGAUUUUGGCUCAGGUCCAGCAGACUUAUGGAAGAUGGAUCAAAAACAAGUUCAGACUCGCAGGAACACUACUGUCAUGCUCCGUGUGAUGCUGAGAGAAACAGUUAGCCCAAAAUCUAACUGUCUUCUUAAUUUUAUUUUCUUUUUAUUUUAAUCUUAUACAAAUUCAUUUUCUUCUGAUGUCCAGGAUGAGUAAAAGUUGCAUCAAUGCUUUAGUAAAACUAAGACCACUUUUGCACAUAUGUACUGAUUAAGAAAAUGUGAAAAUUGGAUGCAUUUUAAGUCAAAUUAUAGAUUUUGGUGGGUUUAAUUUAUAACACUGUGAUCUUGUUGUUUGUGAUGACCUGCUCUUUGUAAAAAGGUUAAUUAAUUUUGAUAUGACUUUUGUAAAAAUGUCUGAUCACUUGUUUURUCCUCUUAUGUGUUGGAAUAUAAAAGUUUUAUGGAUGCACGGUAAAAGAAUGUUUCUGACUUUA